UUAAAAGAUUGGUAUUGUGUUUUAAGUUGUAGGCUUACUCUGCUAUUGCAGAACUGUAGUGACCAUAAUAUAAUCCUACAUUUAGAUCUUUUGGUUGCUUACGACUUUACAAAACGUGCUCCUUAAAGCGCUUUGGUCAAUUUUGUGCUCAGUUCGUGUGUAAAUAGAGGUUCAUAUUUGCAGUGAACACGAUAUUCAACCAAUUAACUAAUCCUGAUGAACAAAGACGUCUCGUUACUUGUCUACGGGGCGCGAGAUUAGUGCUUUUGUUUGCAGUUAUUAUUAUGCCAACACCUAUAGCCUAGAAGAUAAUGUUUAAAUCUUGCCUUGGAGCAGUGCCGUUUUUAAAAUCGUUCAAAACGCAUUUUAUUAUAGCGACUGUUUUUUUCUUUACUAAUAGCCAAUUAAUCACUAAUGAUAACUGUGCAGACAUCACCGCCUUUUAACUGUACACAUUAAUCUUUAAUGUAAGACAGUAGUGGUGUGCCCACUGGAGAGAAGGCCAUUAAGCGCUAAGCCCCAGGAUAAACAGACAAUUAGGCCAAAUGAAUUAACUUGUUUGUGGCAUUAAUUACACGCUUUGUGCAAACAAAAAGCCUUGUGAAAGAAUGUUAUUUGACUCAGGCCUAACAAGCCGAUCUUGUUUCCUUCUGACAUUUUAUCUUGCCUUUAAAUUGAUAAAGAGACAAAAUAACUAAUAGUCUAAUAAUUACACGGAAUACGCGUUAUGUCAUAGACUAAUAAAAACGCGUUAAAAUAUUUUUUUUUUUUUUAAAAACGUUACCGAUUGAACAAAGCUUAGAUUCUUCUGUAAUAAAUAUUUAAAACAUUAUUUAAUUUUACAAGUGAGUGCCAACGUUUCUUGAGGAUCGCAUAACUGUUUUUUAUUUAAUUAUUUUUGUAUUGUAUGGAUAAAUAGAUUCUAUUUAUUAUAUUAACGCCUUUUUAAUCGUAGAAAAAAAUGUGCACGUGCACUAACUGUAAACUAAUUUCCUUUUAUCACCUAUUUAAUUCAAUAAUUGCCUCACUCGUUCUACGUUAUAUAAAUAUUUGAUAAGUAAUUAAACGAUGUGUUAUUUAUUUGUUGACUAGCUCGACAACUUUCACACCCAUUCACGGAAGCAUACUCGCACUAAUAUAGCAAUAUUCCACCUUUUAAUCCUCCUACCGUCGAGUGAACUAGCGCACCAUUCGCCUGCUUGAAAACAUCCCGCAGUGAGUGGCCAGUUCUGAUUGGAGCGACGAUAAAACCCUGCGCGCGAAGCAAAUGUGCAGAAGGGCAGCGCGCACUGGCUAAUGACGGGCGAGCUUGACAGUGAUUGGCAGGGCUGCCAUGACAACCACAGCACGACUCAAGGAAGACCAAUAGAAAAGCGAAACAAAAUGUUUCACCGUUGCACUCGAAGUUGAUUAAGGGUAGAUAUUACGCGUUCGGUAGUACUGCAGCGAUAGCAGCGCAAACACGUCGUCAGUUUUGCCGUCUUUUCCCGUCUGUUUGUCUCUGUCCGGCGACUCCAUGGUGUUCAGGUCUCCUUUAGAGCUUUAUCCCUCACAUCUUUUCCUGCCCAAUUUCGCGGAUCGCCCUCUGCUUCUAGCGGGCAGCAUUCCCAGAGCGAGGUCCCCGGAGGACUUACCGAUGUUUCAACUGCCCACCCUAAACUUCUCUGCGGAACAGGUGGCCAGCGUGUGCGAGACGCUGGAGGAAACCGGGGACAUCGAGAGGCUCGGACGUUUCCUUUGGUCCUUGCCCGUGGCACCCGGAGCCUGCGAUGCCAUCAACAAGCACGAGUCCAUCCAGCGAGCCCGAGCGGUGGUCGCGUAUCACACUGGAAGCUUCCGCGAAUUGUACCACAUCCUGGAAAACCACAAGUUCACCAAAGACUCUCAUGGAAAGCUGCAAGCGAUGUGGCUCGAGGCGCACUACCAAGAGGCAGAGAAGCUGCGCGGUCGUCCCCUCGGACCCGUUGAUAAAUACCGAGUCCGCAAGAAGUUCCCCUUGCCACGGACCAUCUGGGAUGGCGAACAGAAGACACACUGUUUCAAGGAACGGACUCGCGGCUUGUUGAGGGAGUGGUACCUUCAGGAUCCUUACCCCAAUCCGAGCAAGAAAAGGGAACUGGCACAAGCCACUGGACUGACUCCCACUCAAGUGGGCAAUUGGUUUAAAAAUCGGAGGCAAAGAGACAGGGCGGCAGCUGCCAAAAACAGGCUUCAACAUCACGGACUGGGUCAAAGCGGCCUGCGCUCCAUGUCAGAGUCCGGGUGCACACCGCACAGCUCGGCCGAAUCCCCGUGCGCGGCCGCCAGUCCCACUACCAGCGUCUCCAGUAUGAAUGAACGAGGCGACGGCGGGACCAUCCUCUCAGUUACAGACAGUGACUCUGAUUUCGAUGUAUGAUGCACCGUAAGACAAAUAUGGAACAUUUUUGCCCAGAGAAAAAUGAACUUGUGAGAAAAUGUGGGCAACAUGAGGACCGGCCAUUUUGCCACCUUGUGUUUGACAAAAGCAUGCUGUUUUUCCAGCGCUUCAUCGGACUGACGCCCUUUCCUUUCAUUUCCAAGGCCUACACGACCAUUUUGCAUGUUCAUUUGUGAAUAUUUUGCAUUUUUAAAAGGCAUUUAUGAAGUGGAGUCUGAGAAAGUAGAACUCGAUGCUCAAAGAAAUGAGUGAACCAGAGAGGCAAUUUUGUUGUUUUGUGUUUAUCAGACAAUCGUUGAAGUCAAAAGCACCUUUAUUCCCCAUCGUCUUUUACUCGGCAGCAGAUGUUCAUACUAAUUUUAUCUCGAGAUUUAUAUUGAAUUGUCCAUGUCUGAUUCAAACUUUUCCUUAGGUCUAGGCUUGUCUAGAUAUGCUUGUAUGAUAUCGCAAUUACGCCACUCUCUUUCCUGCAAAUUUCUUUAUGUUGUGUCCAUAAAGCGUGAGUAACUGUUAAGUGCUUGGAGAUUUUAAGUGUCUGUUCAUUCUGCUCGUUUUUAUACUGUAAAUGGGUUAAUGGCGCUGAAAACACAGUGUUAUGGGUCACUUUUAUGCAAAUAAAUAUAAUUUAAUAUAA